AUGGCGAAUGUUAAUUUAUUCCGCUCACCGAAUAAGCAAUUUGGUUCGAAUCCCGAACUUCAAUCAGAAAAACAGGACCCUGUUCCUUCUCAUAGUGGUCAGCAGCGAAAAAGGAAACAUUUGGAUGGUUGCGAUAUGGACUUAUCAAACCUAGAAUCAGAAAUCAAGAACAUGUUUGCCGACAUCAAAUCGGAAUUAAAAUCACUGCGCUCGGAAAACAGCACGAUUAAUAACUCAAUUUCUGAAUUAAAGACACAGCAACAAGAAAUUUUGUCCGAGUUUAAUCAUAUGAAGACCUCCUUUGAAUUUGCUGAUGAGAAACAACGCGAGCACGAGAGACAAAUGGCAGAACUAACCUCAAAAGUGUCCGACUUAGAAAAUAAGCAUUCCGACUAUGAGGCACUGAACAACAAAUACGACCACUUACUUCUGGACCUGGAUAGACAACAACAAUAUGCUCGUAUUCAAAAUCUCGAAAUUACCGGCAUGCCAGAAUCAAAAAACGAAAACCUGCCGAAUCUUAUCAUAUCGAUUGCCAAACACGCUGGAGUAGAAAUAAUCCAAAGCGACAUCGAACACGUCACCAGAGUACGUGCGAUGACACCUCGAGAGGGCCGGCCCAGGGCCAUCGUAGUCAAAUUGAGGAAUCGUACACACAAAAAUAACAUCCUUGCAGGCUUGCGAAGGACCCGCGGCAUCUCCACGUCAGACAUCGACCUCCAGGGAGAAUCUCGUAGACUUUAUGUGAACGAGCAUCUUACACCAUCACGGAAACAAGUACUCAAAGAGUGCAAGACUGCGGCAAAGAAUCGAGGAUACGAGUACGUUUGGGUUCGAGAAUGCAACAUUUACGCCAGGAAGUCAGACGGAGCUCCGGUCCUAGCAGUCGAAUCACUCAAAGAUUUAAAGAAGUUGUUAUGA